GUCUCUACCGGAUAUAGUAUUUAGCCGUUACCAAUUCAAAUCGUGAACUCUGUGAGGGAGUUGCGUAAAGUAAACCGUCUGACUUGGCGGUCGCCAUUCUCAGAGGCGGGUUGUGUGGCGUUUCCUGCCGAUAACAUGUCUUUUAAAAAUAUCUAUUAUUCCGACAAAUACACGGAUGAGAAGUACGAGUACAGGCAUGUCAUGCUGCCAAAAGAUCUGGCAAAACAAGUGCCAAAAACACAUUUGAUGUCUGAAGAAGAGUGGAGAAGGCUUGGAGUUCAGCAGAGCCUUGGCUGGGUUCAUUAUAUGAUCCAUGAACCAGAACCUCACAUACUGCUUUUCAGAAGACCGCUUCCAAAAGAUCAACAGAAAUGAACCACUCCUCGCUUCUACCUUUUGGGACGAUGUGUAUACCGGUAUAUUGUAGUAUUCAGUGAAUACAAUGACUAUGACCACAGCUGUGCAAGAGCUGUAUUGUUAACAGCACAAGCGCUCAGUUAAUGUGUCUACAUGAUGGAGCUGCUAUCACCUUUUCCUUCUUCUGUCUGCGCCCUCACAUCUGUGUGACGUUUCUCUCUUACACCACUGGUUAAUAAAGUUUUUAUGUUCCUUUUCAGUGUGCUCUUAGGUUCUGGGUUAGUUUGGUUUGGGGGAAGUGUUCUGCAUUUCAGGUACAUGUAGAUAUGAUGCACCCUAGUGUGGCCACGUUUUGUGAAAUGUACAGCACAAGACACACCUUUUGAUACUUCUAAUUGUGUUCUGUAUGCGCGUGUGAAAAGAAGCUAUUUUUUAAAGUUUAUAACGUUUGGAAGUCUCUGUUUCGGAUGCUGCCUACAAAAGUUUCUGCUGGAUCAUUAUACAAAUGGGACCGGCCUGACUUCAAAAGCAAAGUACACUACGCGGCAGGCCAUGGGGGUCCUCUGAUCAGUAUUUGAAUGUAUGACAUUUGUGUUUCAUCUCAAUAAAACUGAAAGCCCCAUUCUUUGG